UAAGCGGAUUCCUUAGGGGUAAUAUGGAGAUUUCAUAUCCAGCAGAAGAUUCAGUUCGUAACAGACAGCCCUGCUGAGGAGACCAGUUAAUACAGAGAGUCUCUUCGGACCGAAAAACCUCUGCAAAAACGAAUUAUUAUUAUUUUCCUCCGAAUCUUUUUGAGGAAUCGGAGACAAAUGGACGCCAAAGAGAAAGUGAUAGCACUGCAGAAGGCGUAUGCUGAUAUAAUAUUGAACAUAUCGAAGGAGGCAGCAGCUCGGGUUAUGUCCUCCGAGAGGAGGGCCAUGCUGUAUCAGCACGAGCUGAAGGGGGCAAAGGAGGAGGCGCUGCGGAUGCUGUUGCACCUCAAGAAAAUGAUGGAUGCUAGGACUAGUGAGGCGGAAGCUGCUGCACUGAAUCAGCAGAAGAAGAUUGAAGAACUAGAAGCUCAACUUCAGGAAGCUGAAGAUAUCGUCAGAGAUCUCAGGGAAGAAUUGGGAGAGGUACAGGCUGAGUUGGAAAGGUUAAAGAAAAGCAAUUUGCAGAAUGUAAAUGAACCCGACAAUGAUAGUUCACGGGAGGUGCCUACUACAAUCUAUUCAUAUGAAUCUAGUAAAUUUCAUCAUCCAAACUCACGAGAUGAAUCUGCUGUAGCUUCUGAAAUAACGAUGUCGAAUCCAAGUCCGCAAAGUGAAUGUUCAAAGUGUUAUUAUGGCAAGAACAAUUGCAUGUGCAGUUCACAUAUUAGGAAUCAGAAUUUGCCUUCAAUAGUAUUGAGAGACAACUACAAAGAGCCCGGGCUAUAUAGAAAUGGCUGUACACAGAGAAUCCAUGCAUGUGAGAGGAAUCUGUUGGACAAGGAAUUGUGUCUUCCUGGGGAAACUGAUAGCCUAAAGGACAAGAACAUCAGUGAAGAGCGGGAAAAAGGUGGAUACACCAUCAAAGCACCAUCAUUUGGGGCUACAACUCGGAGUGAACUUGAGAACAAAUUGUUGGCGGAUGUUAAGCUAAGUAGUUUCCAACCUUUUCGUCGGAAAAGAAAGAGGGCUACUAAACAAAGAGAAACUGUAACAUGUUUGACUAAGAAGCUAAGUGAUCCUCUCCAGAAACCUGAUCAGUUGCCAGAACUUUCGUCAAGACAUAUUCUUGCUUCAGUCAAAGACGAUGUUCACUCUAGUGAGAGUCCUUCGACAGUAGCUCCAAUACUAUCCCCAGUUGAAGUUGAAAAAAAAUGGAUUGGCCAGGGAUGUGAAGGAUUGAAGGAAAAGAUGGUGCCUUUAGGGGAGGAAACUGGAUUUGCAGAAAGUGAUUUGCCUCCUGUUUGUAAAGGGGCUGUCGAAAAGGAUGAUAUGCCAUCAAACAGUUUGGACUGGACUUUAUCUGACACAACUAAAGGACUUCCUAGCCAACCCACAAGGGAAAGAAUAAUCAAAUACACAUUUCAAAGGAAGCGCAAGAGAGGCGCUCCGAGUGAAUCAGAAAUGACAGUGUCACCUGAGAUGGAAAAGAGAAAUGAGGAUAGUAAAAGUGCUCAUAAAAACCAGAAGCCAUCCAAGGCUAGCUUGUUGUCAGAGUCAUCCCGAGACAGUAGGCGAUUGGCGCAAGUUGCUCGUCAGCUUAUAUCCUUGUCUGAGAAGAAGUGGUGGCAUUGAGGGGGCCGUUUCAUCAUAUCAGUGUGUAUUAUUACAAUCAUUUGUUAUCUUAGAGUAGUAAGUUGCAAAUUCAGACAAAGACGUGAUAUAUAUAAUCUGGUUUUUACAAAUUAUCAAGCACCUUGUCCCAAGAAGUUUUAGUUAAAUAGUCUCCUUAUCUUAAGGGGAAUAUUUUCAAGUUUAAA